AUGAGUGCCUCAAACAGAUCGCAUGUCGCGCUUGCCCAACUCGAAUCUCUAGACACUUCUUGUGCGGGUGGCACCACCUUCGCUGGUGCUGGUGACACAAGAACUACGUUCAAUGUUUCCUGCGACAACAGCGCCAAUGGAACAUUCACCUCUAGCGUCUUCAGCCAAAGGCUUCCCGAAUGCCUUGGCGCUUGUGCCAACACCACCUCCGACGAGUGCGCCGCCGUUUCCUUCGACGCUACUGGCGAUGACGGAUAUGAGAACUGCUACAUGAUGUCAAACGCACACAACAAUGGUUCCCGACCUUUUUGGCGCCUCGCCCAACGUAACGAUGAUGGCUCAGGUCAAGCGGCAAGUUCCAAUAGCGGCGAUGACGAAACCAAAGACACUGGUGGCGCUGGCAAUGGAAGUAAAGCGUGGAUCGCGGGCCCUGUUGUCGGCUCACUGGCGGCGGUCGCAGCCCUGGUCUUCGCGGCUUGGUGGUGGCGACGGCGGCGAGGGCACACGUCGGAAAAGCAACUGGCGAAUGGCAGCCAUCGCAGAAGUGAACUGGAUGCGAAUUUCACGGAGCGAAAAGAGCUAGACACGAAGCAUAUACACAGAGAUCCGGCAGAGUUGGCUGGGUGA